CCCGCUCUUCCGUCGUUCCUCCCGCGGCAGCAUCAACAGUCUAUUCCCCUCCAAAUCCAAAUCCAAAUCGAACAGCCUCCGCCGCCAAAGAUCUAACGCCUCCCAAUCCUCUUACGUUUCGUAUUCCGUGCAUCAUCAGGCGAUGGGCCCCACGAUAUUCAGAGACGCAGACGCGACGAGGAAGUUGCUCGAGUAUGUGACCGAUUCUCCGGGCGGGAAGAGGUCGCUGUCGAGGAUCGCGAGGACGUGUAGGGCGUUUUGUGAGCCGGCGUUGGAUAUGCUGUGGAAGGAGCUGGAUUCGCUUCUUCCGCUGAUUACUCAGUUUCCGAAUCAUUUGUUUAAGAGGUCUCGUCGUCCUGGUUUGGGUUUGGCCAUCAUGCCACUCGAAGAAGACUGGUCCAAAAUCCUCGAAUACGGUUCCCGCGUCCGUCGUCUCACCUACGACGAAUCCUCCAAAUCCAUCUCUCCCUCCAUCUUCCCCAUAAUCGAAGAAUACCGUCCUCGCACGUACAUCCUCCCCAACCUCACCACCCUCAUCUGGCGCGCCGAAACGCCCGCGGGCCUCGACCGCGCGCACCUCUUCCUGAACCCAGACCUGCAAAACCUAGUCCUCGAGCUCGGUGGGAAAUUCCCACAACUGCGCGCCUUCCUGACCGACCUCUCCAUGCGCACGCGGCUCGCCUCGUUGUCGAUCAGCUCGCCGAGCAGCCUCCCGGACGAUUUCGCGAGGCUGUUGAGGCCGCAGACGGAGCUGGAACGGGUCGCGCUCAUGGCGCCUGGUGCGCUUUCGCCCGGUGUGGGACGGUGGGCGUCCGAGUUGGGGGCGUUGAGGAGCUUGCAGGUCGAUCUGACGGGGAGGUCGAUGACGGCUGUCGAGGGGUUCUUUGAUGAUAUCGAGGUGGUGGGUGGGGCUGGCGGCUCGGGGUACGACACUCCUGAUAGUCCGGAUUCGCCGGAUAGCGGGGUGUUUUCGGGCGAGGAUAUUGAUUUUACGGAGAUUAAGCGGUCGACGUUGAGGUUGACGGAGGAGGGGACGGGGACGAGGGGGCCGAUCGUGGGUGCGUUUGGGGCGCUGAGGCAUUUGCACCUUACGGGCGAGGUGGCGAAUAUCGUCGUGUUCCUGAGGCACCUGGCGACUCCGCUCGCGCAGCUCGAGCUCGUCGUCGAGGAUCCGUUCGAGAGGGCGGACUGGCAGGAGCUCUGUGCGCUUUUGUGUCAUUCGUUCGGGGACUCGUUGCAGUCGCUGAAGGUCUCGGCGAGCAGCGUGUCGAGGUUUAAUGAUCUCAUUCGUUCGACGGCGAGGGCGGAGUUCAGCGCGAGGAGGCUCGCGAUGGAUGGGAUUUCGAGCUUGCCGUCUCUUCAACGUCUGGAGAUCGACCUCCCCGAAUCAGUGAUCUAUUCGAACUCGGACAUAUACCGCAUCGCCAGUGCCUGUCCCAACCUCGAAAUCCUCCGUCUCUCCCCCUUCGCCCGCUUCCCCAUCGCCUCUGGCCCUCCACAACUCACACUCGAAGGACUCGCCCCGCUAACCGCGAAAUGUCGCCGUCUGCACACUCUCGCAGUCGUGGUGAACGCUCUCCCCGCCGGGAACGAGACCAUCUACGCGCACACGGACGUCUCCUCCCGCUCGCUCUUCAAGCUCCACAUGGGACAUUCCUGGAUCCGCGAUCCGCUCCAGGCUUCGAUAUUGUUGUCGCAUCUCUCGCCGUAUAUCGAGAACCUGAAGUGGUUCCAUGAGAGGAACAGGCCGGGGUUCAUCGAGACGCAUUCGCAGGGCUGGAUGCGUGUCUCGGAGAUGUUGCCCCAUCUGCAGUCUAUGCGGCUCGUCGAACGCAAGGCGGCGGUGUAUCGCUCGCCGUUACCUCCUGCGAGGUACAAUAAGGCGGUCGAUGCGACGGUGAGGACGAGGGAGAGGGGGGUCAUGGCCGUCGUGAACCGUGUGAAUGUGGAUCAGGAGAUACAGGUACAGCCGGAGGUGCAGGAGGAAGAAAUACAGGUCAUGCCGGAGGUGCAGGAGAUGGAGGUGCAGGCGAUGCCUGAGUAUGCGGAGAUGGAGGUCGAUGCCGUUCCGGAUGUCGAGGAGGAAGAAAUCGAUGCGACGCCGGCCGUGGAGUCGAAGGAGAUCAGCGCGGUCGUGUCGACGGAGACGAAGUAUAUCCACGCUAUCGUCGAGCCGGAGCCGGAGCCAUCGAAGGAAGAGCCAAAAUUGCACGUACCUGGACUACCUGGAUUGCCGCACAUCCCGCAGCUGUACGUCCCUCAGGCGGUCAGUGGGGCCAUAUCCCUUGCGUGGAGGACGAUGAUGUUCGGGCCUAAUCUCAUGACAUCCGUCGCUCGUGAGAUUUGGGCUAUGACUCCGGCUCCGUUCAGUGGACACAGAAAACAACAAGAGAUAAAUCAUCCACAAGAAAAUGGACGUCACGGAGGAGAGGACCAUGCGAUGGAAGUUAUGGAGGUGGGCUCACCGACGGAGGAGAACGACCAGGAGAAGGAGAGGGAGAAGGAAGGGAUUCAUGCUCACCAGGAGUAUGAGAGGCCCGCGACAGGGAUGGGAUUGGGAGUGGGGAUGAACGGCGCGAUCUCCCCUGUCUGUGUAUAAUCCUCUCCGUCAUCACGUACGAUCUUCACGUUUACUUACGAUUACUGUAUGGUUUUGGUGCUCUCGCUGGACGCAGGACACUGCUCAGACUGUCAUACGAACGGACACGAACUCAUCUAACGCUAUUCACGAUAACACUACUUAUACGCACCACGAACUUGACGACCUGACAAAUACGACCGACUUUCAACCCCC